GUUUCUCACAAGUGAAUGAAGCGCAAGGGCUGUAAGGAUUUGAAAAAACGGUGCCAUCUGCAAAACAACACGGGGUAGGAUCUGCCACACAGUGCCUCAUUUUUCAUGGGUCCAUUUUUCAUUUUUUGGCAGAAAAUAAAAGGUUGUCUUGAUGACUGCAAAGCGCUUCCCCAUCUGAGGUACACCAGAGGACGCAAUUCUUCAAGUGUCUUCAUAUUUAAGGAAUCAAACCAGCCAUCAUGUCGGGGAAGUCAGAUGGGAAAAUGAAGUGGGCGGCUGUCAGGGGUCGCCUCGGCUCCUCGCAGGACUCAGAUACCCAGCAGGAGGCCAACCUGGAGAGCGCUGACCCAGAGCUGUGCAUCCGCUUGCUGCAAGUUCCCACCGUGGUCAACUACUCAGGGCUGAGGCGACGCCUGGAGGGCAGCGACCAGACAUGGAUGGUCCAGUUCCUGGAGCUCAGCGGGUUGGAUCUCCUCCUGGAGGCCCUGGAUCGGCUCUCGGGGCGGGGCUGUUCUCGCAUUGCCGAUGCCCUUCUGCAGCUCACCUGUGUCAACUGCGUCCGGGCUGUCAUGAACUCCUCUGCAGGGAUCCACUUCAUCAUAGACAAUGAGGGAUACAUCCGGAAGCUCUCACAAGCUUUGGACACUUCCAACACCAUGGUGAAGAAGCAGGUGUUUGAUCUUCUUGCUGCCCUCAGCGUGUUCUCUGCAGACGGCCAUCGCCUUGCUCUGGAUGCUCUGGAUCACUACAAGGGUGUGAAGACGCAGCAGUAUCGCUUCAGUGUGAUCAUGAACGAGCUGCAGGCCACAGAUAACGUACCUUACAUGGUCACACUCCUCAGUGUCAUCAACGCCCUCAUCUUCGGCACAGAUGAUCUCAGGCAGAGGGAUAAAAUGAGAAAGCAGUUCAUCGGACUUCAGCUACUUGAUAUUCUGCCAAAGUUAAGAGAGGAGGAGGAAGACGACUUAAUUAUUCAAUGUGAAGCCUUUGAAGAGGCAAUGGCUGAAGAUGAGGAGGAGUUGCUGCGGGUCUACGGGGGGAUUGACAUGAGCGAUCACCUGGAGGUGUUCACUACUCUCUUUAACAAGGUUAGCAGCACGCCAGCCUCCCUGCAGCUGCUGUCCAUCCUGCAGACGCUGCUGGUGCUGGGGCCGGGCCGCUCUGAUAUCUGGCAUGCUCUUGAGUCCAUCACUAACAGAGCCAUACUGCUGGCCCAGGACUCUCAGAUGGAGUCCUCUGAGAAGAUCAUGCAGCGGCUGAUGUUCUCCAAGGGCAAGAGCUGCAGGGGUCAGCACGAGUUGGACGGGCGGCUGGGGAGAGCCGAUAAGGCGGUGCAGACCGACCUGGAUCCUGGGGAUGAACAGAAGUCCCACCAAAGCAUAAAAUCCUCUCAGAAACCACUGUGUGCCUCUGCUCCACCGCCACCACCACCACCACCACCUCCUCCUCCUCUACCCCCAAGUAUGAUCCAACUGUCUAACCAGUGCCCACCUCCGCCCCCACCUCCUCCUCCUCCACCGCUACCUGGAGGGUUUGGUGGACCCCCACCACCACCUCCCUUGCCUGGAAUUCCACCACCACCACCACUGCCUGGUUGUCCAGGUAUGCCUCCUCCGCCACCACCCUUACCAGGCAUGGGUGGCGGACCACCACCACCACCUCCCUUACCUGGCAUGCCAGCUCCUCCGCCUCCCCCAGGCAUGAUCGUGGCUCAGAGCAGUCAGGCCCUAGGGUGCGCUGCUCCCAGCAAGGCAAACCGAUGCCCCACCCUGAGGAUGAAAAAGCUCAACUGGCAGAAACUACGUGAUGUUGCUGAUGGCCCCUCCAUGUGGGCCUCGGUUCAGAAUGAGCCGCCUUCUCGGGAGCCGGACUACAGCAGUAUCGAGCAGCUGUUCAGUUUCCCGGUGACCGAGCACAAAGACAAGGGGGCAGCUGCUCCUGUCAAGAAGGAGCCUAAAGAGAUAACAUUCAUUGAUCCAAAGAAAAACUUGAAUUUGAACAUAUUCCUAAAGCAGUUCAAAUGCAAAAAUGAGGACUUUGUAGCCAUGAUUCAGAAUGGGGACCGUACUAAGUUUGACGUAGAAGUGCUGAAACAGCUUCUGAAGCUCCUACCAGAGAGGCAUGAGAUUGAAAAUUUGAAGUCCUUUCAAGGUGACAAAGACAAGUUGGCAAAUGUCGACCGCUUCUACACCUCCCUUCUCACUGUUCCAUGUUAUCAGUUGAGGAUUGAGUGCAUGUUAUUGUGUGAGGAGACUUCAUCAGUGUUGGAUAUGCUCAAACCUAGAGCCAAGCUGGUGGCGGAGGCCUGCCAGUCUCUCAGAAAUAGCACGCUCAUGCCCAGUUUCUGCAAGCUAAUCCUUGACGUUGGGAAUUUUCUCAAUUAUGGAAGUCACACAGGAAACGCUGCUGGGUUCAAAAUCAGCUCUCUGCUCAAACUCACAGAGACCAAGGCCAACAAGAGCCGCAUUACGCUGCUUCAUCACAUCCUGGAGGAAGCAGAGGUGAACCACCCAGAGCUGUUGGCGCUGCCAGAUGAUAUAGAGCUCUGUGAAAAAGCAGCAGGAGUUAAUCUGGACUCAGUUCAGUCAGAAGCUAGUGCCUUACUGAAACGACUGAACGAGACGGCCAAGAAGGUUUCCAACUCUGUGGAAGAGGUGAAGGAGCAAUACGGAAACGUUCUUCAGGAGAGUCUGGAGGCAUGUCAGGAUUUGAACGAAAGUUUAACCGUGACUGAGAAGAUAAAGAGUGAGCUGGCUGUUUACUUAUGUGAAGAUGCCAACCAGCUGUCGCUAGAGGAACUCUUCGGAACCAUCAAGACUUUCCGAGGACUUUUCAUCAAAGCACUAAAGGAAAACAAAUCCAGAAGAGAGCUGGCAGCCAAGGCGGAGAAGAGGAAGAAGCAGCUGGCAGAGGAAGAGUCCAAGAGACAAAAGGGAGAGAAUGGAAAAAUCAUCAAGAAAGGCUUUGUGCCGCAGGAAGACGACUGCAUCAUCGAUCACCUCCUGGCGGAUAUCAGAAAAGGUUUCAGCCUAAGGAAGACCAGGCCAAGGUGCGAUUCGGAAAGCCUCCCUUCUAGUGAAAUUCGUAGGGAUACCUGCCCGUCUGGAUCAAGUGUGAAGCCUGUCGAAGAAAAAGCCGCAGAAAUAGCCGCCACCUCCGCACACUCCAAACCUCAGUCAGAGGGUCCCCGGGCCAGCACAGGCGAAGUGAACGGCUUCAUCAGCCCUUCACAAGAGACUCCGCCAGCACCUCAGAGUGCAGUUCAAGACGGACCAGCUGCACCUCCCAAGGCACUCCCAAUAGAACCAGCUAUGAUGAAGCAGGCACCCCCGUCAAGACCUGCUUCGCUGCAGGAGGGGCCACACCCACAGAAACCUGCCGUGUCUUCACUAGAUAUGAUACAACCUCAGCCUCGGGUUGAAGCGGAACGUCAACCAUGUCUCCCCACAAAUGGCUUUUCACCGGAUUCAUCCGAGACUAGCGCCCUCAGCCCGUCUUCCCUUUCCGAUUCUGAGCUGCUAGAGGCUGUGUUAGUUGGCACGUCUAGCCUGGUAUCUGAGAAGAUGAUUCCCGAAGAGCCAGUGGAUGUUAACGUAAAUAUUCAUAUAAAGGGAAGCCCUUUACAGAAUACUGACAAUGUGCCGAGUGAAAGAAAUACAAUGGGAGAUGAAAAAGGAGAAACUAUUAAUAAAAUAAGCCAUUUAGCAGAGACUGUAGAACAAGAGAAGGGACGAGAGGAGCGGAAGUGCAUUAUUGUGAAGACGUCCGUGACUACACUCAGUGAGGACAUCGAGGGGUGCGAUGUUCCAGAUGGACUGGCGUCACAAGAUCCGCAAUCAGUGUCUGAAGCAGUGCCUCUAUCCCCUAAGCCUGAACCAAAGAGAAAGCGGAGCUUCUUUAAACAAAACAAAAAGAAGAGUAAUCCAGGUAACCUCUCCAUUACAUUAAAUAAAGAGCAUGUUGGGAACGCUAGUCUCUUGAUUCGUAUUAAAGGGAAAUCCAUAUUUGGUGUGUUUUUAUUGCAUUUAACAUUUUAUAUUUUAUGUAUGGGUUAUUUUACUCUUUUUAAUAUUUUUGCAUGACAACAGGUAUUUUAUUAAAGAGUAUGGAUGCAGUAUGCUGCACAUGAUUUGCAGAUUAAUAUUGAAUGGAUUUCAAUCUAUCGCCAGUUUUUUUGAAUGCUCUGUUUUCCAUUCUGAAACACAAGGUAACAGGGAGAAAGGACACACUAAACAUAAAAAAGGAUGUGUGUUGCAGUGAGGUAGGUCAAGUCGAUGGGAUGGCAAACUGUAAGCAGGAAACUCAUCGUAAUGAACACACUCACCGUCGAAACUUUGUCCCAAAUAACACGUCAUUUGUUGGUCUAACUGGAAUCUGGAUUUCAUUUUUCUCUGUUGUUCGGCUUUUAACACUGGCUCUCUCUUUAACACUUCUACAAUUCAGUUAUCAAGCAAGCAUCAUGUGGGUUAUUUUGCGAUAAUUCUAACAAUCAUAACUUACAAACUAAACCAAAAAAGUUCAAUUUUGUACAGAAAGUAAUCCUCUUUAUUAUUGGUUAAGAACUCAAGCAUCAGUUGUCUGAUUUCAAACUGCCUUGCCGUUUGUGACGUCAUUGUGAAGUUAUCGUGGACUGAGUUAUUUCAUGAAAGCUGCCACUUUUGUGUCAAUCCUUCCAUAUUUUCUUGUCCAUUCCUCAAAUCUGCAACUGGGAUUGUUCAACCUACUAACGUGUUCUAGUGUGCUUCCUGUAAACUGUGCUUUGUGAAUUGGCCUUUUAUGAUGGUUGUAUGUAAAUCAAUUAAAAAUGUUUUUACCACUUAAAAAAAAAAUACAUGUUAACAUUUUAAAGAGAUUUAGUCAGGCUCACGUGAAUAGAUUUUUUUGCCAGGUGUAUUUUAAGCAAUAGCUUUAUUCCCUUGUAAAUAUAAAGAUUUUAUUAAAACAUUUUAAUCUGGUAUAUUUUGAUUCCAUUUAUUCAUUUUAGUCUUUGUUUCCAUAGGUGACUCCAGAAAAAGAAAAUCGAGAGGAAAAAGAAAAUGUUAAUAUCGCACAGGAGUUGUGAACUGGAAGGACAACAAUGUUAUUAUUUUGUGAGACUACAUGAGCAUUAACUCGUUCAAGAGGAUGCAGAAGUCUUCCUAUUGCAAUGAUUUGUUUUCCAAGACCAACAAGAGUAAACAUGUCUUAUGGCUGGGAUAUUCCCAACAUGGAUGUCCACAUGUCUGUUUAUGUAAAUGAGUUGUAGAAUUUGUGUUGGAAGUGUUUUUGAUUCUGAUCUAUUCAAAAACGUGGCUUUAUAUGUUUUGUAAAAUUGUUGUUAUAUCAAGUGAAUGUGUUUCUGCAUUACGCUCUAUUAACUUUCAGCACCUAUACUGUAGAAAGAAAGAGUUGGUGCAGUGUUGUUGGUGCAAGAUAUUUCAUUUAACUUAUUAAAACAAAACUUCUUGAAUGUCUUAAUUUCUAUGUAUAUUAUCCAGAUGAUCUGUAACAUGAAAAUAUAAGGAUGAUAUUUAAUGGAUUGUGAAUUUUAUUGUUAAAUAUAUUUUAAUAAAAGUGAGUUUACUGUUCA